AUGCACGCUUCCGCUGCCGUCCUCGCUUUCGUCGCUGUUGCGGCUGCUGCCCAGACCCCUGUGGCUCCUGUUGCUACUCCCGUCGCUACUCCCGGUGCCCCCACCAACGGUACUAAGCCCGGCUCUGGCUCUGGCUCUGGUUCCGGCUCUGGCUCCGGCUCCACCCCCGCCAACGGCGCUGCUGCCCUCGGUCUCAGCGGUCUCGCUGGUGCUCUCGCUGUUGCCCUUGCCCUGUAA